CAGCUGUUUGAGGCCGCAGCAGCGGCGACGUCACUUCCGCUUCGUCUCGCACCUCCAUCUUGCACAAACAAGUCGGGAGCGAAAGCUGGAGCUGCCAGCGGCCGCUGCUGGGGAAAAAAAAAACACGGGGAACGGCGCAGCGAAUCACGCGCUUUUGGCAUCCUUUACAGAACAGUCAGCCGUUUCCCGGCACCUGCGACACUAUCGUCAUCUUCAGGAGGAGGAACUGACCUGCCAGCUUUCUGUCAUUUCACCCCUGACGUGAGCUCAGCGGUGGGGAGCAGCCGUAGAGUGAUGCGUGAGGGACUGUAAAGGGACCCAGAAGGCACUACGCGGAGGGUGUCGGCUCCUGCAGGCUCCAGCUGAAAGUGGAUGACCUUAUUAUGAAACAUGGACCAAGGUGUAGUUGACAGCCCUGUGACCCUUGUCAUCAAGGCGCCCAACCAAAAGUACGAUGAUCAGACCAUUAACUGUUUCUUGAACUGGACAGUGGAGAAACUGAAAACGCACCUAUCCAAAGUUUACCCCAGUAAGCCGUCUUCCAAGGAUCAGAGGCUGGUGUAUUCUGGACAGCUGCUUCUGGAUCACCUGCAGCUGAGAGAUGUCCUCAGAAAGCAAGAUGAGUAUCAUAUGGUUCACUUGGUUUGUACGUCCCACACACCCCCCGGCUCCCCCCAGCCUGGCAGCAGCUUCGGGCCCCCUGGGAUACCCUCGCCUAGUUCCUCGGGUUCAGGCUCCUCAGACGCUGCCCCACCUGCUGCGUCACCCAGCCAAGACGGCCAGCCCGGCUUCGCAGCUGGGGGUGGCGAUGGCCUGAGGCUCCGAGCUGGCUCCACCCAGAGUCUCGGCCAUCACCACAACCCCACCUUUGUGCAGGGGUACAUGGGGAACUUCCCCGCAGGCUUCCCAGCGUACCCUAUGUACCACCCCAUGCUCUGGUGGCAGCAGAUGUAUGUGCGUCAGUACUACAUGCAGUACCAAGCAGCAGCAGCUUCCUCCCAGGCUGCCCCCGCUGCCGUUGCCCCGAGCCUGCCCACAAGCUCCGCCCAGUCCCCACCUCCACAGCCCGCUCCAGCCAAUGGGCCGGCCCCCGAGGAGCGUCCAGCCAAUCCCAACAUCCAGAUGAAUGCCCAGGGCGGAGCCGUGUUGAACGACGACGAGCUGAACCGUGACUGGCUGGACUGGGUGUACACCGUGUCCCGCGCUGGAAUUUUGCUCAGCAUCGUCUACUUCUACUCCUCCUUCAGCCGCUUCGUCAUGGUGAUGGGCGCCAUGCUGCUCCUGUACCUGCGUCAGGCCGGCUGGUUUCCCUUCCGGCCCGAACUUGAGCCCCAGAACCCAGCGGCAGAGGGCAACCAGGAGGAUGGGGAGGUGGAACUUCGCCAUGACAUCCAGGAAAUGGAGCGCAUAAUGGAUGAGGGACUGGACGAAGAGGAGGGUGAGAGUGGGGAGGAAGGCCACGAGGACCCCGGUGGCACGGUCCAUAACGGCUUCCUGUCGUCUGCCUGGUCGUUCAUCACCACCUUCUUCACGUCGCUCAUCCCAGAAGGUCCUCCGCACGCUGCCAACUGAGCUCGCACAGUGCCGGGAGGUGCAGUUGAACGAGAUGUGACAACACGUGUGCCCGUGUUUGGGGGGCGGGGGCGCGGUGGACCUUCAACACAGUCCUACUAACAGUUGUAUCUGAUGUAAUAUCCUGUUUAAUAAUGACUUAAAAUGAUGAGGGUCCUUGCAAAGGAGAAACGCAGAUGCAAAAAAAUAUAAAACUUCUGCACCUAUUCUUUUAUCAUCUGAAAGUGUUUUUUUUUCUUUUCCUUUCUGAAUGAGGAAAAUAAAUUGAAAACGCAUCACGCUGGAUCACAUAUGUUAACCUGUGACCAGCUUGUUAGUUUCUUCUUUUGCACAUAAACAUAAAAAUAAAUGUAUUUACAUUAGAAAAAUACAUCUAAGAAGAAGGAACUAUGUUAACAUGCUGAGGAAAAAAACUUCCUUCUGUCCUUUCAGUGGUUGUUCUGGGCUUUUCUUUUGGGGGGGGGGGGGGGGGUAAUGGCUCUUCUUGGUAAUUUGAAGUGUUAGUUUGCCCAGGCUUAUUGAAGUUAGCGGUUAACCAGUCACUUUGGCUAAUAAUAGCAGGCGAGUAGGAAGUCAAAAUGCAGACCACCCUCCUGAUUUUAUCAAACAUUACACCCCCACCCCACCCACCUGGCCGUGCUGGAGGUUUCCUGUACCCGUAACGAUAUCAGGCCUGGGUGUUUCGUGUCUGAGACGUGUUCUAUGAAAUGAAUAUGCUUGCAUAAAUAGAAUUAAUGUGUUGCACUUUUAAAUUACCAGUACAUGCAUUUUACAGGAUAAUUAUUUUCCAGUUCCCGACACAGAAUAACAUACAGCACUGCUUUUCUAUAAUGUGUGCAAAGUCUAUUUUCACAAUUCAAUCUGUUAUGUUCUCUGAAGGAGAUGGCCAAUAGUAAUGACCAUUAAUGAUUACUGGCAAUGUAAUGAGACUGAAAAUAGAGAUGUCAGCUAUAAGGUUGAUGCUGACCGGGUUUGGCUUAUUAUUUAUAAUAAUAAAAGUCUUAACAUGUCA